AUGGCGGGUCUGUUGAAGGCGCUGCGUGAACACGGAGGGGAGAUGACGACGAAGGAGCUGUACGAGCGGGCGACGGCGAACGGCGCGCCGCUGGCGUCGAUGCGACACGCGAAGCGGUUGUUGAAAAAGAUGAAGGAGAUGGAUCGGGUGCGAACGACGGCACCGGUGAUGGACGAUGCGGCGACCGGGGGCGGUGGUCGACGACGCGCGAGGGGGAAUUUUACGUAUAGUAUAACGGAGCACGGGUUGCGGCGGCUGGAGAAACUCUCGAUAUGA